AUGGGUGUUGACCCUCUUUCUCCGAUUGCGCCGGUGCGUCUAAGGGCGCUGUUGCUUCCUAUCGGCAAGAUAAAACGAUCUAAGUUCUUAGGCUUUGCUGCAAGACUCCAAGCCGAAUAUGUCGUUCGACUGGGGGACAUCAGUCCCGAUUCGCGACCCAAUCGAAACAUGUUCUCCCCGUUGGCGUUUCCUACCGGCAUGAUGCUCUACGACCUUUCCUUCUCCGUGCCCCCGACAUCCCACCUCGAGUUGUUUCCGUUUGAAAUAUUUAGAGAGCCGCUGGUUGUAAUCGCGAUAGCCGACGGGGCAGAGCUUUCCAAACGCCCGAAAAGCAGUGGAUCAGACUCCGGGAUAAGUCGCAGUGAUGAGAGGCCAGAAGGACUGGACGAACUCCUCGAAGAGAUGGAUGUUGUACGGGAGAGGAAUCCUCGAGCGUUGGUCCAUCAACUUUUAGUAUUCGAUUUCGAAGGACAAACCAACAUUUCGAAUGGCCCGGACGACGUUCUAUGGGUUCCGCCACCGCAAGCUUCCAAAGCGACUACUAUGAAGACAGUGAUGUGCGACAUAACGUCCCUUCUCUUGUCCGAACUGGAUGACUUUGCAAAGAUGAUGCAGAGUAUCCCGUCCAUCGAAUCUCCCAAGGCGUCAUCCUGGGGUCCACAUCGAGGACCGGAAUUACGGCCACGGCCCACGGACAGGUUAAUGCACCGGAUGACCUUGCCCUCACAAUUUCCACCUAAUCCCGACUCCGCGCCUGAAACUCCGUUGAGUUCGAACCAGAGUUCUCCUGCCCCUAGCGAUCAUGAAACUCCAACAACAUUCGACGAGAUAACUCGAUCUAUACAAAUAUCAAGCCGCUCCAACAGCAUUGGGAGAUUCAAUUCACUAUCUUCGACGAAAGAGCACAGUCGUGAUCGGAUGUCGGUAAGCGGUAUGAGCGCCACUGAUCGCACAAAAAACCGCAUCAAGGGACGUGUGGGCGUCGUUAUUGGUACUCUUUAUCUCCAGGCAGGUCGAUGGCCGGAUGCACUGAAAGAACUCGUCGAGGCUGCUUCGAGUGCUAGAGCAAGCAGUGACUAUGUGUGGCACGCAAAAGCGCUCGAGUCGAUUCUACUAUGUCUCGUCAUGUUUGGAUGGGCAGGGAUGGACUUUCAGAUUCCUCCAAUCUGUUAUCCGGUUGCCGAUAAAUCUGCAAAGUCAUUGAUUAGCAGUGGCUUCGAUUCGAGCCAUGGACAGUCAACACCUGGGAACCGCGUCAUUUCUCUACAGAACCUGUCAAAUUUAUUACCCGACCUGUCGCAUAACAUCAUAAAUCUCUACAACCGCGCCGCUAAUAUUACAGAUGAGCCGCUUCCGCAACUUGUCUUUUCGGAGACCGUGAUUCGUUUAUCACGGUUGCUGGUGGCUGCGCAUAUUCGCGAUGGCACACUGGACGAUAAUGCGCUGAAGCAUGUCGUCAUGAACGAGUCUCUAUCACCCCUACACCAGCCAGAACGUCCACGUGGGACGGUAUUACUGCGAAAGUCCGACAUUGCGAAUUUCCUAUUCCGUGCGUUGCCAUUAUCCCCCGGCUCAGAUUUGCCUGCCACGGACGCAAUACCCAUUGUAGUUGGUGUGAUUUCCGUUCUGCAUAUAUUGGAUUUGCCCAGGAAGAAAGCCUUUGUAUUAAGAGAAUUGCUGUCAACAAUGGUGCCGACCCUUGUUCAAGCGCGUAAGAUUGGUGCGGCAGAGGUUGGGAUCCAUCCUGCCGCGGGACUGGCAUCUCUCAGCGAUGCUGCAUUUGAGAUCAAUGCCCUUGACCUUGGGUCUGGGAAUAUGGAAUCAAGCUUGCGCAUGCUUCUUGCUGCAAUUGGAGAUAUCUACGGUGUUCAGCCUUCUGGCUUCUACGAAUGGGAAAAGAGACGAGAGAAGAGGCGAUCGUCAAGGGCUAGUGGGUCGGAGUCUUAUCCCGAAUAUGACUCGGUUGCCGCUAUAGUUGAGCGUGCUUUUCGACAUACCGCCUUAGAUGGCUACGGCGACCUGAACCUGAAGAUCGAUGUUCUUAAAGCGUGUAUCAACUGCUGCGAGGCACUCCCCGACUUUAAAGGUGUGCUCCGUUUCACAGUUGAAUUACUCCAAACCAUCCGAGGAAGUUUGAUGCUGGCUGAAGCCUACCAUACUCCUCCGUAUCUUCCGCCAGAGGACCAAGUUCGGCUUCUGAAUAACAUCAAACGAACGGUUGGUGCCGCAAACAGGCUGGGCGCUACGGGUUUAGAGGCAGAAUACUGGGAUGAUUUCCUGAUUCGCGGUGUUGAAUUGUUGCCUCUUCCAGAUCCUAGGAGACCUGUGCGGCGGUCUAAAUCGGAAAUGGACGCUGUUACAACCCAUUCCGAGAAGUCUAAGAAAGACCCGUUCUUGUACAACCCUUUCUCAAGAGCCAACAAGGCAUCCGAAUUUCUCAUGGUCGCCGGUGAGCAUGCGGCAUUCAAGGUCACGCUUCAAAAUCCAUACGAAUUUGAGUUGGAAAUUGAGAGUAUUCGUCUCGACAAUGAGGGUGUACGAUUUGAUGCUGUCGCGGAAUGGAUCCUGCUUCCACCGCUGAGUCUGCAGGACAUUGUGGUUUAUGGAAUGGCCCAUGAAGAGGGUCCCCUCAAUGUGAAAGGUUGCAUUGUCAAAGUUCGGAAUUGCCGGGAGCGCAAAUUCCCCAUUUUCACGAAUUUCUGGAAGCCAGAGUCUGAAACGAAAUUCAAACGUACUGGGUUGGCAGCGAAGAAGCCGACAGCAGAGCGCCCUCUGUCUUGGAGCUCAACAACCUCCAGAGAUGGUAAGCAAGUACCCAAAAAGGGGCCAGAGACGACAUCUUGUGAAGUCAAAGUCAUCGGACACCAGCCAUCUCUGGUUAUUGAUUCAAUGUCGUUGUCACAAUCUGCAAUGAUGGUCUUGGAGGGCGAGGUCAGGUCGUUCGACAUUACACUCCAUAACACAUCGCCAUGCGCCCUGGAUUUUAUAACAUUCACUUUCCAAGACUCGACAUCCAGACAGAUACAAACUGCUCUAGGCAACAGAGACCUGUUGGCAACGGAGGUGUACGAGUUGGAGCUCAAGCUUUCUACAAAGCCGGCUUUAAGAUGGCGGCGCAAAGACGGACCAGCGGAUGAUCUUUCUGUUUCUGCCGGUCAAAGUGCUACAUUCACAGUUGACAUCCUUGGAAAGCCUGGUCUGCAGGACACCACUGUCCAGAUUGAUUAUUCGCGGAUUGGACGGUCUGAUGGCGAAUUGCCUGAUGUGCUCUAUACUAGACAAUUAUUCGUCCCGCUUACAGUUACGGUGAACGCCAGCAUAGAAGUGGCUCGCUGUGAUGUAUUGCCUCUCAGCAGUGAUUUUGCCUGGUGGAACAAGCAGGGUCUGGAGAUUCAAUCCGAGAAUACACCAAACGAAGCGAUGCCCUCGUCUUCUGACAGUGAUCCGUUCUCUCCUGUUCUUUCUCAGCUCGGGCGAGGUGCAUACGGGCCCGACCAUUGUCUUUUGCUUCUUGACCUUCGGAAUGCUUGGCCCAGCACUCUGUCGGUGUCGCUGUACGUGAGCGAGCAGCCUAUGCAAGCGACAGAAGGAAGGCCCGCAGAAGCAGGCGUAGAGGGCCAAUACGCCGUCCACGGAGACCUCCAGCCAGGUCAAAUCACGCGCUUCGUGCUCGUUGUUCCUCGUCUGUACCUGGAUAAUCCAUACGCCACAAUUCCCCUCCUCAACACCGGAAUGAAGAGACAAUUCGUGGUAAGCGCCAACAAACUCACCUUCGAAGCCGAAGCAGCAACCAGAGAAGCCUUCUGGUACCGCGAAGAACUCCUCAAACGAGUCUGCGGCUUCUGGAAGGAAGAACCCGCACGACGAGAGGGAACAGUUGACCUACGAAGCCUGCGCCUAAACGCACGCAUGGUUGAAGCCAUGCGCCUCGAAGACGUGGAAAUGACCUUCUCCUUAGCCCCUUCUUUCCCUGGAUCCUCCGAAAAAGGAACCAUCCAAUCCGGCCGCUCCAAAUACAACAUCCAAUCCGACGAAAUGCUCGACCUAUCCAUCACAAUCCACAACCGCUCCUUGAAACCAAUCCAUCCCCUUCUCCGUCUCCAGCCCAGCCUCCGCCAUCAACCUAACAACGUCGCCCUAGACCUCUCCCGCCGCCUCGUCUGGACCGGCAUGCUACAGCAGGUCCUUCCCAUCCUGGGAAGCGGGGAAAGUACAACAGCCACCAUCGGUGUUACUGUGCUUUGUCGGGGCGAGUAUGAAUUUGGAGCAACGGUUGAGGAGGUACGAAUUUUGACGAAGGAGGAAGAAGAGAAGACUGGACAGGGCGUUUUCCAUGAUUCGGAGGGGGCGAUUAGAGAUACAUUUGGGGCGGAUGUGGCGAAGAAGAGGAGGAUUUGGCAUGCUAAGGAGUGCUGUGUUUUGGAUGCUCAUGAUUGA